CCGAGCCGAGCCGCCCCAGCCAUGCAGCCGUGCGCGGCCGCGGGCACAUGGGGCAGCCCCUGAAGCGGCGCCUCGACGUGCCCGGCGCGGUGCCCUCGGUGCUGCGGCGGCGGCUGCUGCUGCUGGGCGCCAUGCUCGGCCUCUGGCUCUGCCUCUUCUACUCGUGCGGCGGCUCCUGCGCCGGGCUGGCGGCCCCCGGGGGCUCCCCGGCGCCGCGGGGUCCGUCGGGGGGCGGCCUGCCCCCCCCGCCCCCCCCGGGGCUGCCCGAGGCCGCCCGCCCCAUCUCCAGCCUCGCCGACGGCACCGGCAGCAAGCGGCUGCCGCAGGCCGUCAUCAUCGGCGUGAAGAAGGGGGGGACGCGGGCGCUGCUGGAGUUCCUGCGGGUGCACCCCGACGUGCGCGCCGUCGGCGCCGAGCCCCAUUUCUUCGACCGCAACUACGAGCGGGGCCUCGCCUGGUACAGGGACCUCAUGCCCAGGACCCUGGAGGGGCAGAUCACCAUGGAGAAGACCCCCAGCUACUUUGUCACCAAGGAGGCCCCGGCCCGCAUCUCCUCCAUGUCCAAGGGCACGAAGCUCAUCGUGGUGGUGCGGGACCCCGUGACCAGAGCCAUCUCGGACUACACCCAGACGCUCUCCAAGAAGCCCGAUAUCCCCACCUUUGAGAGCCUGACCUUCAAAAACAGGACUACGGGCCUGAUCGACACCUCGUGGAGCGCCAUCCAGAUCGGCAUCUACGCCAAGCACCUGGAGAACUGGCUCCUCUACUUCCCCAUCGGGCAGAUCCUCUUCGUCAGCGGGGAGAGGCUGAUCAGCGACCCCGCGGGGGAGCUGGGCAGGGUCCAGGACUUUCUGGGCCUCAAGAGGAUCAUCACCGACAAACACUUCUACUUCAACAAAACCAAGGGCUUCCCCUGCCUGAAGAAGGCGGAGGGCAGCAGCAAACCCCACUGCCUGGGGAAAACGAAAGGCAGGACCCACCCCGACAUCGACCAGGAGGUGGUGCAGAGGCUGCGGGACUUCUACCGGCCUUUCAACAUGAAGUUCUACCAGAUGACGGGGCAGGACUUCGGCUGGGACUGAGGCUGGUGUGGGAAAGUCCCCUGUAGUUACUUGCCCAGCACGGUUUGCGUAUAUAAAGAGAUAUAUAUGUAUGUAAAA